AGAGGAGCCGUUAGAACCGUUGGAGGCAGGCGCGGCGGCGGGAGGAGGUGCCCACCUCUCCCCGCACAUGGUAAAGGCACCCAAAGAUGGGCAGUGUGUGAAUAGUUUGCAGCUGUUGUGUUAGAAGCUGCUAUAUCUUGAAGUGGGCACAUGUGGCAGGAGUUUUCAGUUCCUCGUUCCUGCUGAGUUCCAAAUUCCCUCACCACAGGAAGCUACUUCUUUGCUAAGGACCAGCUCACACUGACCUAUCAUGGCAUCCAACAAAUUUGUCAUUAAGUGUGGGAACUUUGCUGUUUUGGUGGAUGUUCAUAUUUUGCCCCAAGGCUCCAGUAAAGACACCAGCUGGUUUUCAGAUCAUGAGAAAGAGGAGGUCUGCAUGCUGCUAGAAGAAGUUGUGGCUUCAAGGGUCAAACACUACUUGGAAGCGUCUAAACAACGUGGUCAAUGGAAAUCAAUGGAACAUGCACCAUCUGGUCCUUUGUUUCUUACCGCCAACAGUUUUCACAUUACUGCCUACUUUAUGAAGAGAUGGGUUAAUCUCCGUUGUGCUGUAGGGAAACGUUAUCGUGAGCUGCGUGUGUUUCCAGACAGAUUUAUAGUUUGUGUCAGUAAACUUGAAUCGAAUCCAAGUGCUUGGACAUGUGAAAAUGGUGUAUUGAAAGAACUUUCCAAUGGGACGUCUGAAUAUUUUACUGAAUCUGCCGAGAACAAGAAGCUCAAGAUUAGUCUGAAUGAACAAAUAAAGCAAGACAUCUUGAAAGAAAUCGUGAAAAGGACAAAAAAAAGGAAAACUAGCACAAGCAAACCUCAAAUCAGCAAGGACUCCAAGAAAGUGUAUCUUGGCUCAGUGGACUCGCAGACAGGGAACAGAAAGAACGACUGUCCAACUUCUCUCAGUCCUCAAUCUGAAGUGAAAUGUAGGAGUACAGGACUGCUAAAGGACUGCAUAAAUACAGCUGAGAGCAACUUGGAGCUUCCUGUUUUAGAGCUGGAAAAUUAUGUUAAUCAGAGACAGCCAGAUGAUGUUAGCAGCCAGCAAAAACCUCACUCUGUGGAGUGGUUGAAGUCGAGUCUUCUAAGCGAGAACCCUCCUUGUAGCUCUGAGUCAGCACUGCUAGGUCCAAAACAAAGUCAAAAAGUGACCGAAACACAGGCUCAACAAAAGAGCUGUGGUUCAGAAGAAAAGUUAGAGCAUUUCAAAAAAGUAUCUUUCGAAGGGACUCCUUUAAUUCCUAGUGAUACAGAAAUGAUUAAGUGCGAUGAUGAUUGUUUAGAUCCAUUCCUGGAGGAGAAGACCCCACUUAAUUCCAGGUUGUUUUCUAAACAAGACAUGACAAAGACUGCGUGUGAUGAGGAGUCACUAACUUUCAGAAAAAACCUCCGGCCUCUUUCUGUGAGGAACAAUAUAGUGCAGACAAGCCAAAAUGAGCCAAGCACAACCACUGAAGAAUUGCCUGUGAUGCCAUCAUCUUGUUUAGAACUGCAGCCUGUGUCUUCAGAGAAGCUUAUCCAAAAAAGAAAAAAAGAAGUUGAAAACGGUCUUGGGAAGUUAAAACUGCGAAGGCUUAAGAAGACAUAAAGUUUGAAAUAUUACCUUGAUGGCAUGGGUGGACAGCCAAAUUUGUAUUCGGAAAGCAUAUGCAAAAAGUAGGAAGCAAUUCAAAAUAAUGAAAAAUAAUAAAAAUACAAAGUCAAAAUUAGAUAAAACUUUUAAAGAGAAUUUAGUUAAUUAAGUAUUUUAGUCAUUUGGAACUGUAACGAAGAUAAUUCCGUUAAGUCUUUAGGAAUUAGACAUUAAUAUUGUACGAACCAGUGUAGUAUUUAUAGAAAGAAAAAUCUCUUAUAAUAUUUACAAAGCAAACUUUUACAUCUGUGUAUGUUUUAGUACUAUUAAAAAGUCAUAUCAGCUGAUGACAGCAAAAGUUAAAACCACCUUUGUGAUCUGUUAGCAGCUGCAGUUAUUCAGUGUUUUGCUGGUUUCUGAACACAUAGUUUAUUUUAGUAAAAAUUAAUCCCUUCUCUCUCUCUCUCUCUGUUAGGAAGUUCAUGGUUUAUUCACAUGAACUGUGUCAUGAUUUUUACAACCAUAAGGCGAAUUGAGGUUAUUUCAAAUAAAUCUUUAACCAGAAUUUAAUGUUGCUGAUAAUUUAAGGCCCACCUUUUCAGUGGAGUUUCAAAAUAACUAUAGUUUCUGCUUGUGCAGUUUUGAUAUGAACAUUUAUUUCUAACCUGCAUUGUGGAUACAAGUGAUCAUGCAUUCAGUCUUUGGAAAAAUGAAGAUGGGUUUUAUAUAUGCGCAGUCACCUGGACGUGCAAACAUUGCUAUUGGGAAAAGUUCAUACAUAAACAUGCAUACACAUCUUCAUGCAUUCAUGUUUCAAAAUCAGGCCUUGUUUGUGUGCAAGGACAACACACUGUUUUUCAUGUGUUAGCAACACCCGAGUUAUUUGUUAUUUUAAGACAGAGGUAAUUUUUAAUUGCACAGUGCUUUUUCAUACUGCUUUUGUAACUUACGUGCUAAUGAGCUAAGGAAAUGUAACUUUUUAUUUCAUGCUUAUCUUUUUGAUAUGUUUAAAAUAAAAUUAUAAGCAA